UCUGUAGUGACAGGGGGCGCUGGGGCAAAACAAAUGGGCGAGCUCUCUGUAAAGGCAGUGAAAUGAAGCCUCUCCCUCAACCUCCAGCAUAUUUAUUUUAGUUAUUUUUAUCUGCUAUUUCCUUAAUGUCCUUCUGGGAUCCUUCGUGAGAAAUAAGUCGCUUUUGGUUGUCCUUACGCGCACAUCCCGAGGAAUAGCUUCACUCAGAUGGGUCAAGCACUUUGGAGGCUGCCUCCCAGACAACAACACCACCUUCAGGAAGAGCUUGUAGACCACUUGGCUGAGCAAGCAGGAAGAAGAAGCGACCACGGGAGAGAUGGAGGCCAGAGGAGAGGUCCUCAGCACUGCUACGGCCCUGACAUCUACCAUCUGCUAAGAUCACGCCGAGGAGGUAAGGAACAGCAUGGCUUCAUCGACCUGGAGAUGCUACCUCCAGAGCUGGGCAUCACCAUCCUAUCAUACCUGAACGCCACUGACCUGUGCCUGGCCAGCUGUGUAUGGCACGGCCUGGGCAACGAUGAGUAUCUGUGGCAGGGACUGUGCAAAUCCACAUGGGGACACUGCUCUAUCUACAACAGAACACUACCCGAUGGAUUCUCCUAUAGAAGACUUUACCUCCAGCUUGAUGAAGGCUGUCUUACGUUUAACGCUAACCCACAAGAGGGUAUUGGUUACUUCUUAUCUAAAAGCAUUCUGGUGGACCACCCCACAGAGCUGGCCAAGUUCAUUUUCUACACCAGGAGGCUCAACUGGAAGAUGCUGCGGAUUUACCUUGACGAGAGGCGGGACGUCCUGGAUGAGCUGGUGACACUGCAUAAUUUCAGUAAUCAGUUUCUGCCCAACGCCCUGAGAGACUUCUUCAGACACAUCCACGCCCCAGAGGAGAGGGGCGAGUACCUGGAGACCCUCAUCACUAAAUUCAGUCAUCGCUUCUGCACCUGUAACCCCGGACUGGUGCGUGAGCUCGGCCUCAGUCCAGAUGCGGUGUACGUGCUGUGCUACAGUCUCAUCCUGCUGUCCAUUGACCUGACCAGUCCUCACGUCAAAAACAAAAUGUCCAAGCGCGAGUUCAUCCGAAACACCCGUCGCGCCGCACACAAUGUUUCUGAUGACUUCGUGGGACAUCUCUACGACAACAUCUACCUGAUCGGACACGUGGCAGCCUAGGCCCCAUUCAUGUGAGAGUCCAGGAGAGUCAAAUUUUCUACAAAACUUGGAUCGUCAAAACCUCAACUCCAUUCUCCGUUUACGAAGUUGUAUUUUACAUUAUUCCGCCUUUGAAGAUUUAAGCUUGUUAUAUAGCUUAAAGGUGCAUUGUGUCACUUUUGUGGUGGGUUGGUGAUUGGUGGGAACACUACUUUCUUGUCUCCUCUACUUUGCCUGUAAUGUUCCACAAUUUGGCAAGAUCUAGCCCCACCAGACCUUUAAUUUGGUCUGUUUGGGCUAGCUGUUUCUUUCCAUGUGAUAGAUAGGUUUAAUGCCAUACUGUAACAUUUCAGGCAAUGUAAUGUCUCAUGGAGAUAAACAGGUGUCUGGCACUGCACCAUAAAAGGUACACAGUGCAUCCAGUAUCAGGGAUGUUCAUGAUCAUUAGUUAAUUAAUUCAUCUUUAAACUAUAUAUACAUACAUACAUACAUACAUACAUACAUACAUACAUACAUACAUAGAGUACUGUCAUAUAAUCACACACACACACAAAAAAUAUUAUUAUAAAAAUACUGAUUUGAUGUGAAAAAAGCUAAAUUUUCCUGAGAAUAGAAAAAAGAUUCUAUUUUGUACAAAAUCUCAUUUAAGUUGACAUCAAAGCUGACUUUUUUUUUUUCUUAUCUUCAACACUAGAAAUUAAUCAAUGUAUGUUUCUGAAUGCUUGGAUAAGUGUUUGACGCCCUCUGCUGACAACAGAGGGAGAAAAAGCUGCUUGAAAAACACAAGGCUACAGAUAGAACAUUAUGCUAUAACAGACCAUUUUAAAAGUUGAGGAGUUGAGGUUUUGAGGAUGCAAGUUUUGAGAAAUAGGAUUUGUCUAGAUCUUCACACUGCACUGACGAAUGGGAACGGGCCACACACUUUCCUGACAUUAUGGGACACAAGUUCGACAAAGUUAUUUAAUUUAUGUAGGAAAAAAAUUUAAUGAAAAAUAAAAGAAGAGGUUGCAACAUGACAAGAUCACCACUUCACUGUGAAAGACUGUGCCACCAAAUACGUCUUGUUUGUUUUAAAAUAUACAACUAUAAGAAGGAUGUUUUUCUGAAGACAAGCUCUGCUACUGCACUGAAGGGUGGGGGGAUUUUAAAUGUAAUUUUCUGUCACCCUCGUAUAUGUAGAAUAACAACAGGACUGCAAGGGGAACACCAGACCAAUUAUAGCUGCAUUUUUAGGUUUACUGUGUUCAAAAUGGCUUUCUUGGACAGCAUCUUAAGGUGGAUCUUUUCUUUUCUGGUUUUGGCCACUUGCUUCGCGACAUGGAUUGAGAUGUUAUUAGUUUAUCUAAAAUGUUUCACAGUACUUUAUGGCAUUAAACAAGAGACAUGCAUGCCCAAAAACCAAGUUACAGGUCAGAUCUGAGAAGAGGCAACCCCACAUACAACAACGAUGUUUUUCAAGGCAAUUUUCUUCAUUUGGAAUUAAACUAAAAAAGCAAAAUGAAUAAGUUUAAUGCCAUACCGUGAAACAGUCCAGUCAAAAUAAUAUCUCUAUGGAGGCAAGCAAGAGGCCGAAAAGUCACUUAGUACACCAACAUUAAUCUACAUAUCCGGAAAAAUAAAUAAAUAAAUAAAUAAAAAAUUGUCUUGCUUUAAAUGAGAAGCAAUAUAUUGAAACAAGUCAAAUAAUUUUCUUCACCAAGUUAAUAAUUCUAGUUAAAACUACUCAAAACUGUCUAUAGAAGUCAUUUGAACUAAUUACGUUACUAGAUAUUUUGUUAUUACAGUGUACGGUGUGAUUGCUUGUCUUUGAUUUGCCAUUUUGAACAUUUUAUCAAAUUUACCACAAUACACUGAAGUCCAUAGGUUUUAAUGUGAACGUCCCCUACAGUGGUCGGCCAUCUUGAAUGUCCCGUUUAAGUUUGUUUGUUUUUCCUUUGUAUUUUGUUUUAAGAUUUCUAUUGUUUUUAAAUGGCAGGUGGUAGGAACUUUUGUAGAUGAUGGCUUGGUUUGUUCUUUUCCUCAAAGUCAACAAUGAAUGUGAAUGUUAUUUUAAUCUAUUGAGCAGAAUGAACAAUUCUGCCCAUUUAAUCCACUAAAGUAGUUUACUCACGUAUUCUAUAAUAGUUUCACCAUAUUAUUAUCAUUAUCCAAAUUAUGCUGUGUAUUUUGAAGAAACCUUUUAGAUCUUUGACAACUAGAGGCAUGUAAAAAAAAAAGUCGAUUAGAGCUGCACAAUACAUAUAUAUUUGAUAACGAUGUUCAAUAUUUAAGUAUACUAGUUUGACACAGUAAGCUGAAAUGCACUGGAAAAUAAGGACUAAAUUAAGAAAUUAAAACAACUUUUGAAUUAUAUGUACAACACUUUUAAUUUAUAUCUUUAAAGAAAUGGCUUAAAUCUCUUUUUAGUUAGAAGAAGCAACAUCCCGAUAUGUUUUAAUUUGAAUUUUAUUUUGAUCAAUCAGCUUAAUCAACUUAAUUUCAGACUCAAAUGUCCAUAUUAACAACAAAUGGGCACAAACAUUUCUCUAAUUAUUAAAACCAGUUAGGUUCUUUUGUCACAGUAACUCACAUUUGCAAUUUGUGCAGCCCUAAUGUAUAGUUUAGAUGACAUUGGGUCAGUUGUUUUAGAAGAAUUGUAAAAAAUAACACAAAGUGAAGCAAGUUCUUUUGAAAUGUCACCUGUUUGUGAUAGAAAGCACUGUAGAUUGACUUAUUAUUGGUGCAUUAUAUAUUUCUAUGUAUCUGCAUUUGGCUGUUGCUGUAUUGACAGAAAGCUUGUUGUUUUAAAAUGGGCUCUUGAACAUCUCAGCCAGUGCAGUUCUAUUUAAAAUUUACUACAACAUUCAUAAUCCCAGAACCUUAAAGUUCUUCCAAACCAUUUUCAUAUUGUGAUUUUACAUUGCAUGUCCCAUUAAUUCUGCAUAUGUAGAUCUUAUGAAAACGGAUGUGGUUGUAAUUUAAGCAAAUGUUAGUUAUUUAUAAUGUUUUCUACUGACAUUGCAGUAGAAAUGUAUGCUUUCCGACUAUAUCAUCAGAACUAUGUCUUCACCAAACAAAACUAAAUAAGAACUGACACUAUUGAGUCCAAAUUAUUAAAAGGGCACUAUGUACAUUUUCCGAUGUUGAGUCUGGAAACUUUUCCCAGUGGAGAUAUUGUUUCACCAAUGUUCCACAAAUGAACAUAAAUGUAUUUAUCUCCAUAGAGACGAGCAGAAUCUCUUGGUAAUAAACACACGUAUGAUCAAAAGAAUUAAUUAGGUGGAUGGGUUUAAUGCCAUACUGUGGAACAUUGCAGGCUAAACAGUUACAGCUUAGCUUGGAAUGCACCUUUAACUGAACUGCAAUUUGAAAACUAAUUCUAUAGCUGUUCUUUUCAGAGCAAAGACUGAUUAGAUAAAGUAGCAGAGUUUCUAAUGCAUAAUUGUUUUAAUUAUUAUGGCGACUUUUCCCCUGCACAAUAUGGUUUGGAGAUUUUGAAUGAAGAGAUGUGCUUUGUUUGUUCUGAGUAGUGCUGUUGAACUCCUCUAUGUGCAAUCCCAGCAGCAAGCAUGUAGCCACCGCUAACAGUGAGGGCUGAAUGUAACGAUUCACAUCAACUAACCAUACAACUGAAAAAAAAAUUAAUCUAAUUGGCAUCGGUAACAAUUUUAAGUGACAAAACAAGUUAAAUCUUGUUUAAUAUGAUUUAUACGUGUGGUUCAUUGCGACAUUUGUCCUGACCCCCAAUUUGGGAAACCCUGAUCUAAGCGACAACCACACAAUUUGUUUACUUUUUUCAAUAAGGGGGGGUUUAUUCAAACUAAACCUACCAACAAAAAUUUGUCAAAAAAUAUAGCCAAAUUCACUCAAACAAUAUGUAUAUUCUAAAUUCAUUCAAACUUUUCUUUUUUACACUGACAGAAGUUCUGUAUUUGCACCUUUUUUCUACAACUGUCUCCUUCAAUUUGUACAUUUUUCAUCUGCUCCUUCACAAAACCAUGCUCUAAAUAUCAUAUGCAUUUGUAGCACCACUUCUUUGCGCACUCUUUUUAAAUUAUAAAAUGCUGUACACUUUUUUCCCGUGUCUGUCCUUGAGCUACACAGGACUGACAAAUUGUACUGAUCAAUAUUUGACCGAUUAAAUUUGGGCUUGUCUAUACUCAA